AUGACCCCGAAAGUGCUCAUCACCGGCGUGACAGGCUUUGAAAAAGGCGCCCUAGUCCAGCAAGCCUACCCGCAGGUGCGGCUAGUCCAUGGCACGACCGACGACGUGGACCUGCUCGAGGAGGAAGCCUCUGCCGCGGACAUCGUCUUUCACUCGGCCGGAAGCGAUGAGCAUGUUCCGCCGCGUCGACAAGGUGUCUGUUUCCUCACCCCACGAGAGACCGAACGCAUCACGCCAGGAUUCCACCAUUGGCUUCGUGUGACUAAGAUAUCUUGGGGGUUGAGAACCGACGGCAAUGCAGCACACAGACCCCAGGGCCUCUCUGCGGGUACCCCUCCUCAUGCGCGUUCUGAUAGCGCGAGACCCUUAGCGAGGAUAAUCCUCUGA